AGAAAAAAGCACUUCCCUUUCGCGCCACUCCCACGACUCUCCGCUCGCCAUUUCUUGUGAACGCCCCGAUUUUCCUGAGCGACACUCCAAACUCUCAAGUGCAAUCGGCAGCGGGCAAAGGAGCGGCAAUGGUUUCUCGGAGAAAGAGGGGCCGAGGAGGAGGAGACGCCGUCAUUGGAAAUGGAACCGUCGCCGUGCCUCCUGCUCCAGGUUACGAGCAGCUCAGGGACCAAAGGGUUAGGGAAAAUCAAGAGAGGAUGCAGAAACUUGGCAUUAUCGAACUUUCUCUCAAGCUUAAGUCCACCGCCACCGCCUCUCCAAGACAAUUUCCCAAAAAUUGUUCUCGGAAGGAACCGCCGAACGGAUCCCCUGCCGACGAACCCCAGAGGCGCUCUUCGAGGUUGAAGACAUUGACUCCAGUUAGCUAUGCAGAGAUCCGUCCAAAAACUAAGAAGGAAAAUUCUAGAAGUAUUGAGAUUCGCAUAAAAGAAGGCUCGCAACCAGAAAUUUACACAGAAGAAGAUGCCAAGCUGUUAGGAGAUUGUGAAUCAAAUUGGAUUCUUGGUGUGGAUGGAUAUGGUCAAGAUGGGAAGCGUGUGUAUGAUCCUGUCAAUGGAGAGUCGUGUCAUCAAUGCAGGCAGAAAACCCUUGGUCACCGUUCACAUUGCAGCAAAUGUAGAUUAGGCCAAGGGCAAUUAUGUGGAGAUUGCUUGUACACACGGUAUGGAGAGAAUGUGAUGGAAGUGAAUUUGAAUCCCAAUUGGAUCUGCCCAGUAUGUAGAGGUAUUUGUAACUGCAGUCAGUGUCGACAAUCAAAAGGAUGGAUGCCGACUGGUGCUAUAUAUAGAAAGGCCCGCAAUUUGGGUUUCAAGUCUGUGGCUCAUUAUCUCAUUCAAACCCGCUGUAGUCAGACGAACCAGAAAGGCUCAAGUUCAGAACAUGUAGGUGCUGGAGAUAGUUCACAAGCUUUGCCAAACACAGGAUUGGAGAACGACCAAGAGGAGCAUGACAAUUCCCAGUCCUCUGUCGAUAGCCUCGACUUUGAAUGUAUAAUGGAAUAAGCUCAAUUUUCAGAAAGU